AUGUCUUCGAGCUCGAUAGAGCCGCAGCAAGAAUCACAUCAGCGCAUCGGCUACGAUACCAGUGCCCGGAAAUGGGCUGGUCAAGGCAUCGCGGUAAUCAGUGACAGAAGUGGCCAGGUGCUCCUUUCCGUCCCAAUCCAGUUCCUUAGUCAAGGAUUGGUCAACAAUUUCGGUUUUGUGCUUCAGAGCAUUCACAUGUCCUACGAUGUGAAAGACGGCCAAAUUCGCAGCGAUCAAGGUGUCGAAUAUUACAAGGAGCCUGCCUCGCCAUCUCUGUAUUGCGAUCCGGAUGGACCGCUAACAAAACCUACUACUUCUCCACAUCUUCGCGACACAGAGAUUGUCUGUUGCAGGCCACGCAUCGGACCCCGUUUCAAGUUCAUGUCGAGACCUCCUCACGCUGGCGAUGAUCUGGCAAGCACGAUGAGCGAUUCUAAACGAUCCUCUGCAAAUCAGUAUUACACCGAAGUCUUGGGAGACGCGCCUACUUCCUUGUUCCAAACUCAGUUCGGAAUUCUACUACGAGACGACAUUCAUCAUGCUUUCGACAGAGGGCAUAUCGCUCUAUAUCCUUUGAUGAAUGCGGAGAACGAGCUCGUGGUUCACAUCUUCUAUCCUGAAACACAAUCUCAGAAGGAGUUUCAUGGAAAGAUUUUACGCCCAAUGUGUGAUCAAGUGCUUAAGAGGUUGGUCUGCUUUCUGAUGUGCGCCGCUUUCGCAUCCACUUGCCUUCACCAACUAAGCGAAUCCGACCUGUUCGUAAACCCUGAUCCCAUUGCUUCUGCCUCUCGACAAGCGAUCACGUUCCCGUCCAGAGCGCAGCGCAUCGCCCGAGAUGAGCCACCGGAAACGCUAGAAAAGGCCGGAAGGGGAGCAGAUCUCGAGACCAAUGGUGAAAUGUAG